GGUAUAAAUCCUGUUGUGUUUAUAAAAUAGGAAUUUGAAUAUUUGAUCGGUUGUCAAAGUUUCUAUGUUUGAUUUAUACUUAUUAGUUUAAUUUUAGUGAUUUCAGGAACUUACGAAAUGGAUUUGAAGUGUGUAUCGAAUACAAAAUGUGACCAAGGAGCAAUACGCUCUGUGAGGUUUAAUGUGGAUGGUGAAUAUUGCCUUACAUGUGGUAGUGAUAAGAAAAUUAAACUCUGGAAUCCAUUUAAGGAGUUGUGUUUGAAAACAUACGCUGGUCAUGGAGACUGUGUAAUGGAUGCAUGUGGUUCAUGCGAUAGCAGUGAAUUGGUAUCAUGCGGAGCUGAUAAAUCAGUCGUAUUAUGGGAUGUGUCAGAUGGGCGAGUAAAACGCAGAUUACGGCAGCACGCUGCUACAGUGAAUUGCGUUGAAUAUAAUGAAGAUUCCUCAGUUGUAGUGUCAGGAUCGAAUGACAACACUGUUUGUUGUUGGGAUACUAGAAGUCGCAACAAUAGCCCAAUACAAGUUUUAAAAGAAGCCAAAGACAGUAUUACUAAAGUUUUAGUAGUAGGCCAUCAAAUUCUAACGGGUUCAUUAGAUUGUUUUUUAAGAACUUAUGACAUAAGAAUGGGAAAUUUGGAUGCUGACUUUAUUGGAAAGCCAAUAUCAUGUAUUAGUUCAACACAAGACAAUAUGUGCACUUUAGUAAGCUGUACAGACAAUACAUUGAAGUUAAUGGAUAAACAAAAAGGAGAACUAUUAAAUGAAUAUACAGGUCAUACAGUCGGUGAUUAUUUUAUUGAAAACUGUGUAUUUCAUAAUGAUAGCAUAAUAAUUAGUGGAUCAACCUGUGGACAUCUGUGGUGUUGGGAUUUUGUCAGUGCUAAACUUAUAGAGAAGUUAAAACCUAAUGACAAUAUUUCAUACACACAAUCCAUCAAUUCGAUUAGUACACACCCCAGUAAAAAAGUACUAUUAGCAUCAUGCGGGCCUUGUAUUAGUCUUUGGUCUGAAUAAUUAUUAUUCAAUUCAAAUAUAAUUGAAACAUGGU